CUUUACCUCAAAAAGUGAUUAUGCCUAGCGUUGAUGAAUUCCAGCUUCACCCCUUGGGUUGGGAGAAUGACCCAAAGGAGGAGCGAUUCAAGCUCUCGACCCUCGACUACUUGUCGACAACAACCUAUAACAACAUGGCUUUCUUUUUCAAGCUAAACGACACCGAGAAGACCAAAACUACAGCGAUACUUAAGGAAGGUCUAGAGCGGACUCUCAGCCAGGUUAGACACCUUGUUGGGACUAUCGAGAGUGACAAUGAUGGCCACCACUCAAUAGUCAGGAAGAGAAGCAGUACUGUCCAAUUUGUGGUCCAGCAUCUUGACUCCCUCGAGGACAAGUUUCCAUCUUUUGCUGAGAUUGCAGAAGCUCACUUCCUCUCGCCUAUACUUGGCGAUAUCAAUGUCUUGAGCAAUAGUCCUAUGACUGCCGGCAACAAGCCAGAAGCACACCCUGAUAACAGCCCUGCAAUCACAUCAUUCAAAGCCAACUUUAUCCCUGGAGGUCUUAUCCUUAAUGUGCACAUCCACCACUACAGUAAUGGCAUUAUGGGAUUCACGUCCUUUGUCAAACAGCUCGCAGAGAACUGUUACGCUAUUGCAAAUACGACCGCGUACCCCUCCUUCGACCCGAAGUGCCUUGAUCGCAGCCUCUUUGGCUCCCUCGGGUUCGACAGGCCAUCGACCUCCAAAGAGCCACAGGUUGAAGCCCAUCCUCGGCCCGCCCGCAACUCGGAUCACAGGCAGUCACAGUCGCUAAUGUUUCAUUUACGCAAGAGUAGAGCUGCUGAGCUGAAAAAGGCUGCGUCGCCUACUGAUGGGUCCUGGAUCUCUACAUAUAAUGCUGUGUGCGCCAUAAUGUGGCGCGUCCUCUCCAGGAUCCGCGAGCCUCUCUAUAAUCCUGGUCUGGAUAACAAGCCGAUCUGGGCAGAAGGCGUCAGCAUAUCCAAGCUAUUUAUCAACCCUCCGAUACCUGCCCGUAUGCAGGGCAACAUGCAAAUCGACAUCAUAUCGACUACGUCUACUGUAUCGCAACUAACUCUAGCUGAGAUUAUCUCAGACGCGCCUUUAUCCAAGCUAGCAAGCUAUACACGUCAAAUGACUAAUAGUGUUACUUCCGAUAUGCUGCAAGGCAUGCUACAGAAAUUUGCGCCUGUGCGUAACAAGCAGGAUCUAUCAAUCAACGUCGAUUCCUUCCCGCCUAUGUCCAUCUUACUCACCGACUGGCGGGAUGCUAAUAUCUGCUCGUUCGAUUUUGGCUUCGCUGAGCCGACUGCCUACCGGCACUUGUUUGGCGGGGUGCCUCUGUGCCUGGCUCUUGUCUACCCACCGCAUAAGGGUCCAGCUGGGGAUGACGAGGGGAUGGAAAUACAGUUUACGUUUGAGACAGAGCUUGUGCAGCAGCUGUUAAACGACCCAGAGUGGAGCAAGUAUUUUGAAUUCAGGGGUGUUGAUGCGUGGCAGGAAGGAAGCUUGAGUAAUCAUAGAUCUAAACUAUGAUGGUAUGGUGAUUUCGGGUUCCUUUUGAGAUAGCC